UCUAAAUCGCAUUCAAACAAGAGUCAAAAUUCUCCUAAAAACGUUUCAUACGUUGAGUAUCAAUAUAGCGUUGACUCUGCUCUUGGAAUCCUGGGAUUAUUGGCAGCUUUCCGACUCUUAAAAUGGGUAUAAAAGAGUUGUUCCAGCCCACUCUAUACACGGCUGUCAAGAGACGCUGGUGGCUGUUGGUAACCAAUGUAAUAGAGCUACUCUUGUUCUCAGCACUAAUGUUCGGCUGGUCCGCCCUCAUGCUAACUCUUAAGGAGGAAGGAUUCUAUUCAGAAUUAUGCACAGAUUCAGCUGAGAAUUCUACAAGCCUCAAUAGCACAUUGGGAAACAUAACCAUAGUUCCUGAAAUAGAAAUUGUCGACCCCACUUCCGGCAACUUCAGUUACUUGAUAAACCAAUCAGAUUCAAGUAGUAGGAGGCUGUUAAGUGCACCGCCCCCUGGUGUCAGUAGUUCUGGCAUUGGAUGCUCUGCUCAAGAUCAAAUGCUCAACUUAGUAUUCACAGUUGGUAAUUCCUUGAUGAGUGUAGCAACAUUUCCCAUUGGACUCCUUCAGGACAGGUUUGGCUAUAGGAUCAUGCGUCUCAUAGGCAGUGUGCUCUUCUCUGCCUCUUGUGUGGUCAUGAGCUUCGCUAAUCAAUCCUUCUCUUGGAUCCUGUUUCCUGCCCUUGCCAUCAACGGUAUCGGUGGUAUCAUGGUGACCUUCACAUCUUUACAGAUUCCAAAUCUGUUUGGGCACAUGAGGGCCACGAUGUUAGGUCUGUUAAUUGGUGCUUAUUCAUCUGCAGCUGUAGUCUUCCCCGGAAUAAAGAUCUUGUAUGAUAUGGGUGUUCCAAUAAGUGUAAUGUGGCUAACAUUAGCAACUGGAGGAGGGUGGAUGUUUUUCAACACUAUCUUUAAUGUCCCUAGACAGAUUAUACCAGCACCUGAACUACUGCCAAGUUUGUCUGAGUUGAGGAGGCUUCACAAUAACAGAGGAAAGCUUUACGAGGAGGUGAGUCAGAAAGAGAUGGCCAGAAUCGGUCACAGGUUAAGCAAGGGGGAUGAAGCCAUGGAGGAGAAUGGUAACCAUGGUAACGGAACAACUUUACGUACUGGAGAAGGAACUGGCUACUUCAUGUCGACAUCAACAUCAAACUUAAACAUUAACAAAGCGGGUUUAGACGAAACAAAAGAAAAUAAAGAAGAUAAACCUGAGCCUUUUAAAGAAGUAAUAAAACACCCGAUCUUUAUCUGGGGGCUGGUGUUACUGAGUAUAGCCCAACUAAGGAUUUUGUUGUACAUAGGUGCCAUGGAAAUAGAACUUCUUAAAGCUUCUGGUGGCGAUCCUGAAGCAGUAAACAGCUACAGUAAGAUAUUUGGACUGAUCCAGAUAAUGUGUUUUGCCUUCUGUCCUGCUAUUGGAAUCGUCAUUGACUGGGGCACCAAAAAAUACAUCAACGACACAACAGUAACCAAAGAGGAACGAGAAAUCAAUCUUAAACUUCAAAAGCUGAGAAAUAUUCGUAACGCCUUCCUGCUGACGAAUAUACUCCUCGUGUUAUUUGGCGUCACUGUUCUCAUUCCUAAUCUACAAAUUCAGAUUGUUACGUUCAUUCUUCAUACUGCUGUGCGUGGGUUUGGUUUCUCUGCCGUAUGUGCCUUAUACGCUCUUGUCUUUCACUUCGCUAACUACGGCAAGGUAAUCGGGGCGCAAACACUGGUAGCCGCCCUUGUUGAUCUCCUACAGAGCCCCAUGUUUAUCCUCAUAGAGGGCGUUAGUGGACGAAAUCCUCUCUAUGUGAAUAUUGGACUGUUAAUUGUGUCCUUCCUGACAUUUGGUCUUCCCGUGUACGUUCACAUGCUCCAGAAACGCUACACAGACAGCAUGAGAGAGGAGGCAGACCUGGAUAAGCAGAACGGCAACACUAAAUACGCCAUUACUAGCGGGCAUUGAUGAUACAAGCGGCACCGAUACUUAAUCAUACGCCUUGAACUAAAUACUGUAGCCUUGAAGCACCACUCAUUAUGUGGUAUACUUUAAUAGACAACAAAAACUCAGACAUUCUGAUGUUAAAUAAUUCGUUGCGCAUAACAAAAACCGAGCAAUAAAUUAUAACGAUCGUAGA